AUGCCUUACGCUUUGAAAGGAAGGAAUGUUCUCAUUACUGGAGGCUCCAGAGGCCUGGGUGCGGUGAUAGCCAGAAAGUUCGCCGCCGAAGGCUCGAAUGUUGCCAUCAACUACGCCAAUAACGAAGGGCCCGCCCAAGAGCUCGCGAAAGAACUCGAAUCCAAAUCCAGCGUAAAGACAACCGUGAUCAAAGGCGACGGCGGCAAAGUCGAAGACAUCCAAAACUGCGUCCGCCAAACCAUCAAAGCCUUCGGCGGCCUCGACAUCAUCAUCGGCAACGCCGGCUUCACCAAAUUCUCCGAUUUCAAAGACCUGGACGCCAUGACCUAUGAGGAAUGGGACAAGUGCUGGAAUACCAACGUCAAAGGCAAUCACGCGAUUCUCAAAGAGGCCCUGCCCACGUUCAACAGCAAUCCCGAUGGCGGCGUGUUCAUCAUGACGAGCUCUGUCGCUGGGAAGAGUCUGAGCGGGAGCAGUAUGGCGUACAGCGUCACGAAGGCUGCGCAGAUCCAUUUGAUGAAGUGUUUGGCGAAUACACAGGGUCCAAAGGUUAGGAUCAAUGCGGUUUUGCCGGGUUUGCUUUUGACAGAUUGGGGAAAUCUCUAUGGAGAGGAGAGGAUCAAUGCUUUGAAGAACGCCGCAGCGCUGAAGAAGGAGACCGACUUGGAGGAAUGUGCUCAGGCAUUCAUUGAUCUUGCGCAAAAUACGUCUAUUACUGGACAGGCGGUUCAUGUUGAUUCUGGUCUUGUGGUCGGCCACAUGUAG